AUGAAGCUUUCUGACUCUGUAGUCACUCGACUUCACCAACACCCACCAACCCAGAGGAUGUUCCUUGUUCCCUCUCCGUCCUCCUCCUCCUCCUCCUCUUGCACCUGCUUACUAAAACACCACCACAAUGCUGUCUGGUUCCGCGGUCCCACUCAUGGACGAGUCCCUUACACCGGCCGUGACACAUGCCGCAUCUGGUGUGCAAAAAGAACCGGUAAACAGAGGUACCCAUCGGAGAAGAAGAAGCUGAGGACAAAGCACAAAGAGCUCUUAUCUGAUUCGAAAGAGAAGAACAAGUUUGAGGGUACAUGGCGACUCUUCAAGCUCGCCGUUCCACUCGAUCAAGACCCUGGCAAGGACUCUCUCCAUGUUUCCGAUGCUCUUCUCCAACAAAUCGCCAAAGUUCUCAAGUUCCCGGUUGCUUCUCUGUUGCCACCACAAGCUUUCACCGUCGUUAGGAAGUCCUUUGAUGCUAGGAAGAAAUUAAAAGAGCCCAAAUUUGUGCAUACUGUGGAUAUGGAUGUCCAAAACCUCAUCAGUCUGGAGCCUCGUUGUUGGGACUUUAUUUCACGGCUGGAGCCUAAAGUUGGCCUUGUGGAACGUGUGCAUGAUGAAAGAGAUUUUUCUGAUCUAAGAAGUAUCAUUCGUGACUGUAAAGAAAAUAAAGAAGCUGUUUUGACUGGGGGAAAUGGACGUAGCAAUUUCUCGAAGGAGUUGUACAAGAACCAGGCUACUAGAAAGCCAAAAAUUGCUGUAGUGGGUAGUGGGCCUUCUGGCCUAUUUGCAUCUCUUGUUCUUGCUGAAUUAGGUGCAGAUGUUACACUGAUAGAAAGAGGUCAACCAGUAGAGAAAAGAGGGCGUGAUAUUGGUGCUCUUGUAGUUCGUCGAAUUUUAGAGUUGGAAAGUAACUUCUGCUUUGGGGAGGGUGGUGCAGGUACCUGGAGUGAUGGAAAGUUGGUGACCAGAAUUGGACGCAACAGUGGCAGUGUUCUUGCAGUUAGUCUCCUGUGUAGUAUUUAUAAAGUUGAUGUGUGCAUCUUGUUCCUUACUUGGACUAAGCUCCAAGAGAGCUUUCAUUGCAAGGUUAUGAAAACUCUAGUACAGUUUGGAGCUCCAGAACAAAUAUUGAUGGAUGGAAAGCCUCACUUAGGAACAGAUAGGUUGGUUCCAUUGCUUCGCAACUUUAGGCAACAUCUGCAAGAUUUGGGUGUCACCAUAAAAUUUGGGACAAGAGUAGAUGAUUUAGUUAUAGAAGAUGGACAUGUUCUGGGGGUUAUGGUAUCUGAAUCAGCUGAUAAAUUACGUUUAACGAGUAAGAAGAUGGAAUAUGAUGCAGUUAUUCUGGCUGUUGGUCAUUCUGCUCGUGAUAUAUAUGAAGUGCUUCAUGCUCACAAUGUGGAAUUAAUACCAAAAGAUUUUGCAAUGCAACUUCCAUAUGGUAGUGCUGUGGCUUCUUCAUUACUGGCAUGCAUUGUUUACAAUUUAGGCUUGAUUCAUGUAGGGCUACGGAUUGAGCAUCCUCAAGAGCUAAUAAACAGCAUACAGUAUGCUGAAUUGGCUUCCGAGGUGUGCCAUGGACGUGGCAAAAUUCCAGUGGCGGAUUACAAAGUUGCCAAUUAUAUUGACAAGGAGGAUUUCAACGAAGUUGUUCUCACUAGUACAGGUCCAUCAGAAAUAUGCAUCAAUGGCAUGUCAUUUUCUCAGAGAGCAUCAAAGUGGGCAAAUGCUGCACUUGUGGUGACUGUCACAGCAAAGGACUUUGAAGCUUUAAAUUAUGAUGGUCCUCUUGCUGGGGUCAAAUUUCAGAGAGAGUUUGAACAAAGAGCUGCUAUGAUGGGAGGAGGAAAUUUUAUAGUGCCUGUCCAGACAGUCAAAGACUUUCUUGAGAACAAGUUGUCAGUAACAUCUGUACCCCCAUCAAGUUAUCGGUUGGGUGUGAAGGCAGCAAACCUCCAUCAGCUAUUUCCCAUUCAUAUAACUGAAGCUUUGAAACAUUCACUUGUAACAUUUGACAAGGAGUUACCAGGAUUUAUCUGCAAUGAGGCUCUCCUUCAUGGCGUAGAGACUAGGACUAGUUCCCCAAUCCAAAUUCCACGCAAUAUUGACUCUUAUGAGAGCACUUCAGUAAAAGGACUGUAUCCAGUUGGUGAAGGAGCAGGCUAUGCUGGUGGGAUCAUUAGUGCAGCAGUAGAUGGAAUGCAUGCUGGUUUUGCUGUGGCAAAACAGUUCAGCUUAUUUCAUGGAGAUGUUGAGUCUGUUCUGGGCAAGGCUCCAAAUGUCGGGGUUGUCAAGUACUAG